CGACUAUUUCAUCGGCUUGUCUUAUCGUCUGGAACCAGAUCUAGAAUAAGGAAGGUGGUUUUUCCUGGGUUUUGGGCGAUCCAAGCUUCUUGACGUACCAAAAUAUCAUAAAAUUAAAGGUUGGCUCUAUGUAUAUCUUCUCAUCUUCUUCUGCUUCAUGUCUUUCCAUGAUGAUCAUCACCAAUAAAACUUCUUCUUCUUCUUCUUCACCAUGUUUAUUCUUCAUAUGUAUAUGGAGUUGGGUCACGACUUAGUUUGAAUCAUGCCUUUGAUUUUGCGUUGCUGAAUAUACUUUCUGGACAUUCAUUCAUGGAAUCAUGCAUGCCGAUCCAUCUCUUUUUUUUUUCUUUACUUCUCACCUCUCCUUAGUUAGUUUGGAAGUAACAGGCAAGACACUUAAUCAUAAGCUUAUUUCCUGUGUAAGGAAUAUGGAAGAUGAUCAUAAUUGUCUUGGUUUACUUGGAAAUGCAUUUCUUUCACAUUUAACAUUUUUUUUUUUUGGCUUAUCCUUCAUUUCCUUUAGCUAGAACUGAUGGAACUCUUCAUAGACCAUACUCUUCGAAUGGUCAAGCUCCGGUUCCAUACAUGUUAUUUUUUGUGUUAUACUUUUAUGUUCUUUUGUUGGCAAUGAAGAUGUCUGGUAAUUAAGUGUGGCAUGAUGAAUACUUCCAGUUAGUGGGUUUUGUCUUGUGGGUAAGCCUUCUAUUUUGUUUCUUUUAUGGAAGAUACUUAAAUAAUCCUUCCAAUGACAUAAGCAGUACUCUACAUUAAUGUAUAAUAUCUGCUUCACAAAAGUAAAAGCCAGACCUGAAAUUUUGGCUAGUUCUUCCCUCUGAUAUUAUUACACUCAAAAUUUUGAGUGUAGCACCACAAAACUAAUUUUGUUAUGCUAUUUUUGGAGAAUGAAUCAUUGAUGUUCUUACUACUGAUUAAGUUUUUGUAAUGUUAACUUUAACAACAUGGUUAGGAAAUUCUAUGAUAAUAGUGUUAAGUAGUUCGUCGUGAAAACACUAUGAUACAAUUAUAAUGUGAAAUAUGGGAUUAAUGUCUAACAUCAAUUGAUUCUUGUGCAAUAAUACUUUUUUUGAGUUUAAUAUUGUGAAGCAUGCCAUUUUCUACCAUGAAAUUAUAGGAUGCCUUUAUGUUGGCAUGUAAUUUCAACCACAUAAACAUGGAGCAUGCAUGUAAUUCAUUAUUACUGCUUUGCCUGUUUUGUGUUUUAAAUUGUGAAACAACAUAAACAUGCUUCUUCUAAUCUUCUCCACAUUAGUACUCUUAAUCUUAAUGAUCAUCCAAUAGUUCUACUAUGAGGUACAUAUUCUUCAAUACUUGUGUCUCAUGUGCUUCUUCUUUGAUCUUUCGCUUUGUGCGCAGGACAAUUGAGAACUUUGAAAUGAAUACCUUCUCGCACGUUCCUCCAGGCUUUAGGUUCCACCCAACAGAUGAAGAACUUGUUGAUUACUAUCUGAGGAAAAAGAUUGCUUCCAAGAGGAUUGAUCUGGAUGUCAUCAAAGAUGUUGAUCUUUACAAGAUUGAGCCAUGGGAUCUCCAAGAUUUAUGCAAGAUCGGAACAGAAGAACAAAAUGACUGGUACUUCUUUAGCCACAAGGACAAGAAAUACCCAACUGGUACUCGGACCAACCGAGCUACGAAAGCUGGGUUUUGGAAAGCCACAGGAAGGGACAAGGCCAUAUAUUGUAGGCAUAGCUUGGUUGGAAUGAGAAAGACUCUGGUAUUCUACAAAGGAAGAGCUCCGAAUGGACAGAAAUCAGACUGGAUCAUGCAUGAAUAUCGGCUCGAAACAAAUGAGAAUGGAGCUACUCAGGCAAAAGGAUGGGUUGUUUGCAGGGUGUUCAAGAAGCGACUACCUACAGUGAGGCGAAUCGGAGAGUAUGAAUCACCAUGUUGGUAUGAUGAUCAAGUUUCCUUCAUGCAAGAACUUGAUUCUCCACGACAGAUUCCUCGUCAUCAGCAUCAACAAUCUUAUCCAUCUCCAUCAGCUUCUUAUCUUCAUCACCACCCUCAGCAUUACUUGCAUUGCAAGCAAGAGGUGGAUCAGUUGCAAUACAACAUGUCUCAUAACCAUCAACAACACCACCAUACUCUCGAGUCAUUCCUCCAACUCCCCCAACUUGAAAGCCCCAAACUCCCUAGCAAUGCAAAUUGCAAUAAUUCAUCCUCAUCCAUGAUUCCGAGUUACUCCUAUGAAAAGAACAAUGGGACUCUACUCCAACGAGAGGAAAUGCACAUCCAACAAAUCCAUCAACAACAUCACACUUUGAGUUCUGUCUACAACAACAAUGCAACAAAUGAUCUUCAAGAGCAUGUGGUUGCAACCGAUUGGCGAGUUCUUGACAAGUUUGUUGCAUCUCAAUUGAGCCAUGAAGUUGGUAUUGCUUCCAAGGAACCCAACAAUGUUGACUACUCAAAUACCCCUACAUCUUCAUCAUCCUUUCAUGUGGAUGAUGAGCAACCAUUGAAGGUAGCUACCAAUGGUGACUCCAAGAGUUCAGAAAUGCUGCAGGAGUAUGCGUCGACAUUGACCUCUAGCAGCCAGAUUGAUCUUUGGAAGUGAUCAUGUACUAUGGAACCUCAUAUACAACAUAUACAUUACCAGAAGCCUGGACCAGAUGGAUGCAUACUAAUAUAACUACAAACUAAUAGGGGGUAAGCAUAAGAAACAUAUAUCUAUGCAAGGAAGAGAAAUCGACCUCUUGAUCUCAUGCCAAGUUCUUCUUGUAGAUAAGUGGGAGGGAAGCAAAAGCAAGCUAUAUAUACUAAGCAUGCAUAAAUGGCUACUUAUAUGAUUUGGACAUAUUGAGUGUGCCAUUCGGUAAUGAUGCCUUAAUGUUAUCAACUAAAGUGUAUACUUAUGUAGCUACCUGGUAUGUAAGGACUAAGAAGGGGGCCAAACCUACUAAUUAUCUUAUAAGGAGGUAGUAUAUUUUAAGAUCAAUCCGAGUUUUUUCUACUAUAAAGAAGAGACAUACUGUAUAUAUGUACUCACUAAUAUUGUUGUACCGAUGUUGUUUGAUGUAACACCAUGCACCUUGUGCCUAAUUUUUUCCCCCUUCAAAUUGUAAUUGAAGGCCCAUAUAUAUAAUUACUGGCAGCCACUGAUUUUUAUCACUAAUCUUUUUCUUGUAUGUUACGUAUUCCAUCUCAUUAUCACUACUAAAGCAUAAAGAAGGUGACUGAUUGUCUAUGACACAGGGACGUACGUACGUAGUAAUAUCAUCCACAUUUCAAACUGAGUGCACAAACACAACAAACAAGGCGAAGAAGAAGUAAAAACUUCCCUUUCCUAAUUGUCUUUGUUUCUCUUCCAAGGUAAUAUAUGUACUUGCUUCACCGAUACUCUAAUCAAAGUAUCAAAAUAAAGCCACUACAAGUAGUGGGUGGGGACAAUUCCUGAUAGUUUACUCCGAAACAAUUUAUCUUAGGAGUCACGUAUAGAAAGACUGAUAACUGGAGUUAGUAUAAAAUGUUCAAUUAUACCAUUUAUGUAAUGUAAUGCCUCUAGAAUAAACAACCUAAGUAGCCAACCUCUUUUGAGCCUAGUAAAAUGCAGGUCAUAUAGCAGACAUAUAACUCCUUAUAAGUGCUCAUUCAGAUGAAGUAAAACAAAUUAGUAGUUUUCAAUUCAGUCAAAAUCGCGUUUUAAAAUUUAAAAACUUACGCUUUCACAUUUUUAGGUCACCAAAACGCUUCUAUGUAGAAUCGUGAUUUUCCCUUACAAAUGUAGUCAAAAUCUACGCUUUAAAACUUAAAAGCUUACGAUUUUACGCUUCUAGGUCACCCAACCGCUUAUAGGUAGAAUCGCGCUUUUGCCUGCAUUGGUAGUUUUAGUGUGAAGGGAAAAACUUUCUCGAUUAAUACGAACUGAUCUGCCAUUGGAUUGAUCUAUCCUAUAUGAUGGUUCAGCUUAAGAAGAAGAAGUAGGUUUCAUAUAUCAGCUAGAGGCAGACAGACAGUGAUAAACUAUUUCCGUCAAUCAAAACUUAAUAUUAUGAAGUGAUCAGCAGCAGACCUAUCAAUUCCUCAUCCAAAAUUCUAUUCCGGUUCCCUUAAUCAUUUUUCAUACAUGCAAAAAAAGAAACAGUAACAUUAGUGCUACGCGAAGAAGAUUCUUAACUAACUUAAUUCUCUGCUUACCCAUUCUGAUGGACAUGAGGUGGAGACAGGCUAACAUGCAGGUGGUAUAGAAGAAGAAGAAGAAGAAGAAGAAGAAGAAGAAGAAGAAGAAGAAGAAGAAGAAGAAGAGAUAUGUCUUUUAGGAGGAUAUGGCAAUGCCCAUGUUGAUGAUCGAGGCAAAGGAGAAGCAGGAAUAAUGGUGGGUAUGUCGC